AUGCGCCAUCAUCACUGUAUCAGCUCGGUGCUAUUGCUGCUGUUGCUCUGUAUCAACGGUUUAGCAGUUAUAGUAGUAAAUGGUCAAAAUAUCCAGUUCGAUGAAAACUGUCCGCCGACAUGUCGUUGCAGUAGGUUCGAAAUCUCGUGUACAGAAUCACGACAAAAUGGUUCGGAUAUAUUCAUACCGAUGAGACCAGAAAAAUUUCCACAACUAGACAGUGUUACUGUUACUGGCACUUAUAUUGGUGAUAUAUCGAAGCAAAAUUUAUUCGGUAUUGAAGUGGUUCAUCGUAAUUUAACGUUAUUGAACAUAUCACAUAGCGGUAUUGUUGCAUUUGACGAAGAAACAUUCCAAGGUUUACCGGCGUUGCAGUGGUUCUGUCUUAACGAUAAUUCCAUUGAACGAAUUGGAAAGGAUCCAUUUCGGUGA